AUGGGUUUCCAGUACAAGAAAGUCCUGCUCAUUGGAGCAACUUCUGGCAUUGGAGCUGCUCUGGCGGACACGCUGGUCCAGAACGGCGUGUUUGUUAUUGUCGUUGGCCGGAGAAGGGAACGAUUGGAAGACUUCGUCAAGAAAGCCGGGCAACAGAAGGCCGAUCACAGGGUGCACGAUGUGAACGACCCAGAGGCUGUAAGCGAUCCGACUUAACACCAUGUGGACAAGACUGACUUCCGUCCAGGGACCCAAGUUUGUCCAAGAAGUCUUCCAUGCGCACCCAGAUAUCGAUUUCGUCUACCUCAAUGCCGGAGUCCAGCGAGCGCUGGAUUUUACCAAGCCAGAGACAGUCGACUUGGAUACCUGUGAGCUGGAGCUGAAGACGAAUUACAAUGCUCCAGUCUACUUGACCAAGGCUCUCCUGCCAUACUUGACUGCCAAAUCUCAGCCAACCGCCAUUGCCUACACGACGAGUCAGAUGGCCAUCAUCACUUUGACCAGCAGGCCCAACUAUGGAGCAUCGAAAGCAGCUCUUCACUCCUUCAUCAUUGCUCUGCGGCGCCAGCUCUCGCAGUCUGCGCCAAAUGUCAGCGUUAUCGAGGUCUAUCCACCGGCUGUUCAGACGGAAUUGCACGAUUCGAAGAACCAGCCAGACCUCAAGAAUGGUGAUCAAAUCGGCAUGCCUCUGGCCGAGUUCAACAACGAGCUCUGGCAAGGUCUCUCCGAAGGGAAGCAGGACAUAGCCGUCGGCACGGCGAAGAACAUCUGGGAGAAGGUCGAGCCAGCUAGACUCGAGGAGAACAAGAACUUCAACGACACCAUGGAUGAAGCACUGAAGGAAUUCUUGGCAUAA